UGUGGCUCCGCCUCUGCGCGCGCGAGCCUGGGCGGGAGGGCGGAGCCCGAAGCGGGGAGUGCAGCUGCGGUGUGUGGAGACCCUAGGAGCGGCGGAGCCGGGCGCUCGGAGCCGCGCGGCCGGAGCUGGCGACCGAGACAAAGGCGACGAUAGGGCCAGUUUUGAGUGAAACGGGAAAACUAAAUGAGAAGAAAUCUUCCAGGAGCAACUUCUGCUGCUACUGCAUCUGCAGUCACCUGUGUGUGUCGUGUGGAACCGUCUUCACUCAGAGAUAGCUGAAUAAGUGGCCGCAUUGUGAGUGACCCACCGCAGGCUCUGGAUCAAAGUGGUUCUUUUCCUCCCACUGACCUGGAACCAAGUCUCUGCAGAACCGGAAGCAGAGAAAAGAAACAAUCAGACUUUCUUUUUAAUCAACUUGAGACCCUGACUCCAAGGACAGAGACACAGUGAAAUAAAGUAUUUUGACGGCCAUUCCUCACUCGGAGGGCGAACGUUGUGGAGCUUCUUGCCUGGAGACUUGGAGCCUUUGGUGGUGCUUGCUCAGGCCUUGGACUGAAAGCAUGAGUGAAUUCUGGUUGUGCUUCAACUGCUGCAUUGCAGAGCAGCCUCAGCCUAAAAGGCGACGACGGAUUGACCGAAGUAUGAUUGGAGAGCCAACCAACUUUGUGCACACAGCUCAUGUAGGAUCCGGAGACCUGUUUAGUGGGAUGAACUCAGUCAGCUCCAUUCAGAAUCAGAUGCAAUCCAAGGGAGGCUAUGGAGGCGGCAUGCCUGCCAGCGUGCAGAUGCAGCUUGUGGACACGAAGGCAGGAUAGCCCUGGUCCCAUCACCCGUCAGAAUUUCUGUAUUUUUUCUGUCCACAGUUCUAUUUUUGUCUUGUGAUUGGAUUUCCUUUAUUUUAAUUAUUAAAAAGAAGCGUGGCGGCAACCUGUUCACCCCUGUGAUCUCCAGCAAGACGUUCCUGCUCUGAGGAAGGCAGCAUCAGCGGCCUGCAUGCCUGGACUCUGACAGAGUUCUUUGGAUCGUAGCUGAAUUUUCAAUGUUUAAUCGACAUGGAUCGGAUCUUAGCAUGGUCUUUUUGUGACUGCUAGCACUGUUUUAUCAUUUUCCCAUUUUAAACCUUUUCAUUGCGCCUCCAGCCCCUCCGCCUUAUGUUCCCCUGGUGAGCAGAGGCCUGCAGCUGCCACCACUCUUUAUGGAUAUUUUGAAGGUGUGAGGCCCACAAGCACAGUAGUCCUUUUCGUCUGUUGGAGACUUGAGCCCGUAUCCGCACACUCUGUGGUGCUGCUCAGAGGGGACCCACAGGAUGCCAGACUGGCCUGAGCGGCCUGAGGGUGCUCUUUAUAGAUAAUCACCCCUGGGCUCUGGUCUCGUUAGAGCAGCGAUAGAAGCCUGUGUUCCAAAGGCAGUCGAGUGGCUGUAAAUGUUCGGUGUAUUUAUUUGGUGUGUAAGGACCUGUGAUUGUGAACAGAUAGUUGUGUAUCUGAGUGUUGUGGUGAAGCCCAUCCAGUUUCCUGGCAUCUUUGUCCUGUUAGCUCUUCACUCUGUGUGUACUGUCUUUUUCUGUUAAAAUUCUGGCCUCUGCUACCAGCUCUGACUUGCAGAGCCCUUGGCCUUCCAGUGUUCCACUUACUAGGGAGGCAAUGGCAGCCUCCAACAGCAACCUGCUGCCUGGCUGAUUCACUGACAGUGAGCAGCCCUCACAGUGACUUUCUGUGGUUCGCAGGAGGCCUUUGCUCAGGUCCUGUUCUGUCCCUCUUCCCAGUUAGGUGUAGUUAGCUGGGCCCUGUGGCCCAUGUUCCUGUCUAACUGCCUUUGAUAGCUGAGCAUGCAUUCGGAAGAUGAGCAUAACUGAAAUCACAGUGCUGAAGGCAGUUAGGUCCUUGUCUAGAGAAACUGUCAUCAUUUCUGCCUUCUGCCUUCGUCUGUCCCGUUCUGAGAAUGCUGCCUGAGGAGCCAGGAGACCAGUGCAAGCAAAACCAACACAUUUCUCCUGCAUUUCUUCUCAAGUUAACUUACAGUAGGGUGGGACACUGGAUGACCUGAUCCUUUGAUUUUCUAUUCUUACCAUUCAUAGGUGUCAGUCCCCAGCACAGAGAGAACCUGUCAAGGAGAAACAUUUAGUUCACUGUUGUCUUUAACUCACCUCGUGGACACUGCACUCUUGAGUUUGUCAUUUUGCUUAGGCAGGGUGAAGCUCCUGCUAGGGCACUGCUGUGUGCAAACUUUCUGUAGGACAGACAGGGAUUUCCUGGCAUCUUCAGCACUGACGGAUGGGGACAGCACAGGGAGCCAUUGUCCCCUCCCCCAUCAUUCUGCUGCUCCAAGGCCAGUCGUUAAUAAGCCAAAGGCUGCGGAGCCUGUGCUGGUCCUGCAGCUGUCUCAGACCUCUUCUCACCACAGUGACACUGUACACAGCGCACCAGCCAGGUGCCCUGGAAGGUUCCAGUAAAGUCAAGAGAAUGUACAUGGUAACUAACCUCGUACAUGAUGGUUUUCUAUGGAGGCUUAAGGAUGCAGGGAGGCCACCUUCGCACCUCCCUACCUGGGAUUGUAAACCUUGGGAACUCAUUUGUUCCCUCAUAGUAACACAUCUCAUUUUUAAAUUGGAGCUAAUAGGAUUUUGUACCCAGAAUUUAUUAUAUUGUUAAUACUUUUCUGAAAUACAUGGUAACAACUUGUAAGCACCACGUGGAUUCUGGUAGCAACAACGUGCUGGGCGUGGCUUCUCCAGUGGGCCUGGGGAGUUUUGUCCGUUGGCUUCCCCGUGGGUGGUGUAGAGCGGCCUCCAUGUGCUCAGUGACUUCUGCUCAGCACCGGGAGAGAAGAUGGACGUAUUUUUAUAAUAGAAGCAUACUUUUUUUGUACAUUGUGUUCAUUCUUGAAUAAAGUGAGCUCACUGUUGGCUUGUAGAUAUUAAAAAGAAAGUAUUGAUUUUGAUUCAAUAAAUGUUUUCUUUUAGUCUUGG